CUGAUCCUCCCGGCUUGUCACGUCUCAAGAGGAAUGAUGGGGAACUAGAGCCCAUGACAGUUCAGUGGAGCCGUUGGCACUUUUGAUAUCUCGACAUCUUCAGUUAUCUAAAAGCAAGCCAGUCCCAGGAUAAGGACAGCAGCAGGUGAUAUAAUGCGGAAACCAGGCCCUCAAAAAGCCAUAGACUGGAAAGAUGGUAAAAAGCACAAGUACAGCCGCCCGUCAGAGUCUCCCUCCCAGUACCAAGGUCACUUCACCUGGGAUAAAUACCUGAAAGAGACAUGUGCCAUUCCAGCUCCUGCCCAUUGCUUCAAGCAGUCAUACACUCCACCUGCAAAUGAAUUCAAGAUCAGUAUGAAAUUAGAAGCCCAGGACCCCAGGAACACCACCUCCACUUGCAUUGCCACGGUGGUGGGUCUGACAGGCGCACGCCUCCGCCUGCGCCUCGAUGGCAGCGAUAACAAGAAUGACUUCUGGCGGCUGGUGGACUCUGCUGAAAUCCAGCCCAUAGGAAACUGUGAGAAGAAUGGAGGGAUGCUGCAACCUCCACUGGGCUUUCGGCUGAAUGCCUCCUCUUGGCCCAUGUUCCUUCUGAAGACUUUGAAUGGAGCAGAGAUGGCUCCUGUCCGGAUUUUUCACAAGGAACCACCAUCUCCAUCCCAAAACUUCUUCAAGACAGGUAUGAAGCUGGAGGCAGUGGACAGGAAGAACCCUCACUUCAUCUGCCCGGCCACCAUUGGGGAGGUGAGAGGUUCUGAGGUCCUCAUAACAUUUGAUGGCUGGAGAGGUGCCUUCGAUUACUGGUGCCGAUAUGAUUCCCGGGACAUCUUUCCCGUAGGCUGGUGCUCGCUGACUGGAGAUAAUCUGCAGCCCCCUGGAACAAAAGUUGUGAUUCCAAAGAGCCCUUUACCUGCCUCCGAAGUAAACUCGGAGAAACCUAGCAUGCACAGUAGCACAAAGACUGUUUUGGGGCAUCAACAAGGGCAAAGGCGUCGCAAAACAGGGAAGAAGCGUGGUCGAACGACCAAAGCGCUAAUCCAUCACCCCAUGCCUGCACCCUCCAAGUCAGUGGAGCCUUUGAAAUUCCCCAGAAAGAGAGGCCCCAAGCCUGGCAGUAAGAGGAAACCUAGGACAUUGCUGAACCCAGCACCCACCUCUCCAACAACCAGUACCCCAGAACCAGAUACAAGCACUGUGCCCCAGGACGCUGCUACAAUCCCCAGCUCUGCCAUGCAGGCUCCCACAGUUUGCAUUUACUUGAACAAGAACGGCAGCACUGGGCCCCACCUAGACAAGAAGAAAGUUCAGCAGCUGCCGGACCAUUUUGGACCAGCUCGAGCUUCUGUUGUCCUGCAGCAAGCAGUACAGGCCUGCAUUGAUUGCGCUUAUCAUCAGAAAACAGUCUUCUCCUUCUUAAAACAAGGCCAUGGGGGAGAGGUCAUCUCAGCUGUGUUUGAUCGGGAACAGCACACUCUGAACCUGCCAGCAGUAAACAGUAUCACCUACGUCCUCCGCUUCCUGGAGAAGCUCUGCCACAAUCUUCGCAGUGACAACCUCUUUGGGAACCAGCCUUUCACUCAGAACAGCCACAUGCAGCGCUCACACGAGUACGACCACGACAGGUAUCUACCAGACAGAAGCAGUUCGUUAGACGGCACUCUGCAGGGACCAGGCCGGGGUACAAAGCGAUAUUCCCAAGAUUCCCCUCCAUACAGUGCUCCUCUCUCCCCCAAGUUACCAAAGAAUGACCGUCACCCUUUGGAAGGUGAAACCUUUGUUCUGGGAGAUGGCCUCCCAGGGCCCUUGGAGCCUCGCCUGGACCCCAUGGACUCUGCCUUGAACUCUGUCAAUUCAUCCAGCCACAGCAGGAGCUCCAGAGACUAUCGCCUGCAAGGAUACAGGCACCUGCACCAACCCUCUAGCCUCACCCAGGGCAGUACCUCUGCCUUGCGUAGGCUUAGCUCUGGGGGUUCAGAUAGAUACCUUGGCUCUCGAGACGUCUCGCGGCUGAGCAGCCGCGACCCCUCGUCCUGGACGGUGGAAGAGGUGAUGCAGUUCAUACGAGAAGCGGAUCCACAGCUGGGACCCCACGCUGACCUCUUUCGAAAACAUGAGAUUGACGGGAAAGCCCUGCUCUUGCUGCGGAGUGACAUGAUGAUGAAGUACAUGGGGCUGAAGCUGGGGCCAGCCCUGAAGCUCACUUACCACAUCGACAAGCUAAAGCAAGGCAAGUUCUGAGAGGACGCUUGGCAGGACGGAUCCUGGAAGCUCCGCUCCUGGCCAUCCAUAUCCGCGCUCGCCUGCCGACAGGUACGCAUGCACACACACCCAUUUACGCCGCAGAUGGACACCUCACCGACACCCCAGCCCCGCUGCAGGGGUCCAGCCGCCCGCCCGCCCCUGCACCAGUGGCCAGACCCCAGCGGGUGCUCGGGAGGAGGCCGGUGCACAGUUGGCCCUGGGACUUCGCACCAGACUCGAGUCAUGGGCGUCCUGUUAGAAGCAGAGGGUCUCUCCCUGCUGCCCAGCUGGUGCUUCUCCGCAGGCUCCCGGUCCUGCUUCCCUGGGAUGGAGCAGCGGCUCUGGGCAGAGCUCUUGGGGACUGGGUGCUCGCUCCAGCUCCUCUCCCUCUUGCUGUGGCUCGUGCGCUCCUGGCCUCGCCUGCUCGGGGCAGCCCUCAGUUCCCAUCCCCGUCCCUUCGGAGGGGCGGUGGGCCGGGGGAGCUGGACGCUUUGCGCUUCGCCGGGCAGCCCGGCUGCAAGGGGGAUGGUGCCCCCGACCUGCACUCAGCCCCUGUAGCACCGUGGCAAGCUCAGAGCCAUGACUGCCCCGUCCCCGUCUUCCACGCCUGGGGGAGCCCGGCUGCCUGUCCUGGGGGCCUCUCACCUCCUGAGCUCUGCCUGCCACUCAGCUCCCGGCCUUCCUCUGGCUGGGGACACCAGGCCGGGGAUGGAAGCCUUCGUAUUUAUUUCUGACUGGAGAGGCCGCACAGCGGCACACAGCGCUGCCUGGGAGCGUGGAGCGAGCUGCGGGAGAGCUGAGGAGUGUGGCGGGGUCUGGCGUGCCCAUGGCAAGGACGGGCCUGGGUCGGCGUUGGAGGCUGGCUGGAUGCUGCAGGACUCGACUGAUCCUUCUUUUUCUUUUUUUUU